CGUGAUAGCAGUAGUGAACAUGGCGGCGAUAAAUAAGACUGAGACCAUGCCUUGCAUUGAAAAUUUUGCAAAAAUCAAUAUUACAUGGAGCUCUAUUGGUGUUCCGAACGAGAUAAUAAAAGGUUUGGCGGAGCAGAAUUUUCGAGCGCCAACAAUGAUACAAAGUGAGACAUUGCCAGCUGCUAUAUUAGGUCGCAGAGACAUAUUAGGUGCUGCUGAAACAGGUAGUGGCAAGACAUUAGCUUUUGGUAUCCCAAUAAUAAAAGGGAUCAUGGAGUUGAAGAAGCAGCAGUUGGAAAAAAAUGAUAUAAAGUUUGUAUGCAAGCCCUUGUAUGGGCUAAUAUUGACACCAACUCGUGAAUUAGCAAUUCAAAUAAAGAACCAUCUUACUCAAGCAGCAAAAUAUACAGAUAUUAAGAUAGCUGUUAUUCUUGGAGGUAUGGCAGCAGUAAAACAAGAAAGAAUAUUAAAUAAAGGUCCUGAAAUUGUCAUCGCUACACCUGGAAGAUUGUGGGAACUGAUUCAAGAAGGCAACCCUCAUCUAAAUCAAAUUGAUUCUGUUAGAUACUUAGCUAUUGACGAGGCAGACAGAAUGAUGGAGAAGGGUCAUUUUCAAGAAUUGCAUGAUCUCUUAGAAAAAAUGAAUGCAAAUCCAAUCAAGUUGGAGAAACGGCAGACAUUUGUUUUUUCAGCUACUUUAACUAUGGUGCACGACCUUCCAGAUUAUCUCGAGAAAAAAAAGAAACGAUAUACUAGGAGUAAAAUAUACAAACUCACUCCUGGCCAGAAAUUGCAAAGAAUUAUACACUUGUUAAAAAUAAAAAAUCCUAAAGUGGUCGAUCUUACAAAAGAAUCAGGUAUGACUGCUAACUUGACAGAAUGUCGAAUAGCAUGCACGAUCGACCACAAAGAUUAUUACCUUUAUUACUUUUUGAAGAAACACAGUGGAAGAACAUUAGUAUUUUGUAAUAGCAUUGGCUGUGUCAAGAGGUUAUCCACCCUCUUCAACAUACUUGAAUGCAAGCCUUUACCUCUGCACGCUAAUAUGCAACAACGACAACGUCUGAAAAAUCUUGAAAGGUUUCAAGCUGAUGAAAACGGACUAUUAAUAGCCACGGAUGUAGCCGCGCGAGGUUUAGAUAUACCUAACAUAGAGCAUGUAAUACAUUAUCAAGUUCCAAGGACAUCCGAAAAUUACGUACAUAGAAGCGGUAGAACAGCGAGAGCAGAAAAAGAAGGUAUCACAGUUCUAAUGAUGGAACCUUCUGAAAAACAAAACUACAGCAAAUUGUGCACAACUCUUGGACGUACACACGAUUUACCCACCUUUCCUGUAGUAGAUAGGCUAUUAAUCGCUGUAAAAGAAAGAGUAGAUGUUGCUCGUGAUAUUGAUAAACUGGAAUUAAAAUGUCGCCGGCAGAAUACUCAGAAAAGUUGGUUGCGGAAAGCAAUGGAGGACAUGGAUAUGGUCUUGGACGAUGACGAUGACGAUAAUGAAUCAUCAACGGAAUCGGAAGAAGCAGCAGCAUUGAGACGACAAUUAAAGCUAAAGAGAAAUCAGUUGCGGUCUUUGUUAUCAAAGCCAGUAUUCCCGAAAGGAUUCUCAGGAAAGUAUCUCGAUGAUAAUUUAAACAUAGAUCCUGCUCAGGAUACAGAAAAAGCUAUCGAAGUGAUGAAAAAGACAAUAGAAAAUAAUUCCCGUAAAAGGAAAGAACACAAUAUAGUAUCUCAGAAAAGAGAACGACUGCAAAAAAAGUUGAAAAAAUCUGCAAAAUUUUAAAAGAUAUGAAAUACAUAUUUUGUUUACGAA